AUGAAAUUUGCAUCAACUCCAGCCUAUUCAAUAGGUGCAAAAACCAUCUCAGAGCCUAAAACUACCAACAAAAUGACGCCAGGGCCAGGGACUUAUGCUGUUAGAAAAGAAGAAGUUGAAGUCCCUGCUCCUUAUAUUGGCACAGGUCUCCGUCCUGAACUUUACCCUAAAAACAUGUACCCAGGCCCAGGUACCUACAGUGUCCCUUCCUUUUUAGAAUCCAAAAAACUCUCAAAAUCUGACAAAAAGCGAGACAAAGCAGAAAAAACGUCAUCAGGUCGAGAUAAAACUGACAAAACCAAAAUGGAUGCCCCAGGUCCAGGGUCUUAUAACCCUCAGAAACUGACCCGUUCCUAUUCCUACACCAUGGGGAACAAGAUUUUUAACAUCAACAGCGAAAAACCCCAAGAAUUAGGCCCAGGACAAUACAAUCCAAAUUAUAAAGCAGUCCAUACUCAAUAUAUGAGCAAGUUUGGGGUAGGCAAAAGACCAGAAAUGUUUACAAGUAAAGGAGUUCCAGGACCUGGGCAAUAUAAUCCUGCUGAUAAACCUGAUGGUCCACAGUUUGGAUUUGGAACUGAGCCUAAGGCUAGAAGGCUCCUUAGCAGUGAAACUCCAGCUCCAUGGGCUUAUGAUAUACCAGGGAUAGCUGAAGAGCUGAAAAACAAGCCAGGGAAAACUUUAGCCCCAAAACGCCCUUUUACUAUAAAAGACUCAGGAGCUCCAGGACCUGGGGCAUAUCAGCCAAGACUUAGCGAUACAGCUCCUUCAUUUUCAGUCGGCACAGGAGCUCGGUCUAGCUUUACCAAUGUUAAAAAAAGUCCAGGUCCAGGCGAAUAUGACCCGCAAAACCCAGCUCUGAUAGAAAAAUUCUCAAAAGUAGGCACAGGGAAACGUCCUCCAUUAUCAGUCCCAACCCAUACACCAGGACCUGGAGCUUAUCAAGUAGAAAGUACUAUAGGUGGGCCUAAAUUUGGAAUGAGUGGCAGAAGGACUGAUCUAAAAGCCACUGAACAAGUCCCAGGACCUGGCGCAUAUGACCCAACUAUCAAUUAUGUUGUUAAAGAUAGCACUCAUAUAGGAAUCGGGACUGGACAAAGAUCAAAUUCUUCCAGAAAUAGACCAAGCAACGUCCCUGGGCCUGGGAAUUAUAAUUUUUAUAAUAAAAAAGCUCAAGGACCAUACUGGUCAUUUGGUAAAGACCCAAGAAAUAAAGAAACCUUUGACGACGACCCAGGCCCUGGACAGUAUGAAAUUCCUUCCACAAUUGCAGAUGUUCCGAAAUAUCUUAUGGCAGUCCCUGGAGCUUCAAAUUCUUCGUUUAAAUCUUAA